AUGGCACAGUUCACUACUCAAGGUCGGUUGAAGCUGUUUUUCAAUGGGGAAAGUGUGUCAUCUUUUUUUGAGAACAGAGACCCUUUUCAAUUCAAGUGUAGAUCAGUUCAGACCCACAGGAGAGGAUCAAGUUACAAAGGUUCUUCUUCUGCUGCUGCUGCUGCUGCUGGUGGUGCUAGAUUUCAUCAUUCAUCUUCUUCAUUUCUCAGAAGGAAAUUCAACUGUUAUAAUGCUGAAGCACGACCCAGUGAGGGUGUUCAUGAUGAAUAUGAAUAUGUUUUUAAAUACAAUUCUCUUGAUGAUGAUGAUGAUGAUGAUGAUGAUGAUGAUGAUGAUGAUGAUGAUCUUGAUGAUGAUGAUGAUGAUGAUGAUGAUGAUGUGUUUGAGGGAGAUGGCUUGUCUUGUUUCCGGGGUCUUGUGUUGGAUAUAUCUUACAGGCCAGUCAAUAUUGUAUGCUGGAAGCGUGCCAUUUGUCUAGAGUUCAUGGACAAGGCUGAUGUACUAGAGUAUUAUGAUAAGACCGUGAACUCCCCCAGUGGAUCUUACUAUAUACCGGCUGUCUUAAGGAUUCGUCAUUUACUUCAGGCUAUUAAAAGAAGAAGAGUAUCGAAGAACACUCUUAGCCGGAAAAAUGUUCUGUUUAGAGACAAUUACACUUGUCAGUAUUGCUCUUCGCAUGAGAAUUUGACAAUUGAUCACGUUGUGCCAGUUGCACUAGGGGGAGAAUGGACAUGGGAAAAUCUAGUGACUGCUUGUUUCAAAUGCAACUCAAAGAAAGGUAGAAAGUCCAUUGAGGAAGCGAAAAUGAAGUUGAAUAAGGUCCCAAAGGCACCGAAGGACUUUGACGUUCUUGCUAUACCUCUAACUGCAGCAGCUCUCAGAGUGCUGACAGCAAGAUCGGGGACACCAGAUGAAUGGCGUCAGUAUCUAAGUUCCAACUACAGAACCAUGAGUUAG